GACAAUGCCAAUAUAAAAUUCGAGAUGAUAGUGUUAGGCCAAGGCAUUUUCUAGGCGCAGAUAAUGUGGAUGAGAUAGAAGCAAUACUCUUAGAUCGUGAAGGCCAUUCCUUACAUGAAUUCAUCGAUGGGGAUGAGCCACUCCGGCCUAUCAUAGAUUUCGAUUUGCCACAAGAAGUACUUGAUACUAUUGAGCCUAAGCUAACACGUAAAGAG